AUGGACUGGGAAAUCAUCUGGCAUUACCUUAAUAACAAUAAUAUGGAAAGCAUCAGUCCAAUAAACAAUGAUAAUUUAACAAAUACCAAAUUUGAGUUAUACACCAAUAAUCUAAUUACAAUGGAAACCCUUAGUAUUAGGUACCCUGGAAUCUUUACAAGUAAUAAAUGUCCAAUUGAAGGUUGUCAAGAGAAUGAAGACCUGGUACCCUUUAUGGAAAAUAAAAAUUAUGAGAAAGGAAAAGAAGUAAGGAAAGAACCAGAUGAAUUUGUAAAGAUUAUAAAAGAUAUCUUUAAAAACAUGUUGAUCCCACAUUAG